AUGAAGAAAAUCGGAAGCAAUUACAAUUUGAUUGUAACUUGUGUGUUACAAAUAGAUUCAGCAGAUUCUAUUGUUGUUGAUUUUGUCAUUAAAAAUAAUACAAAAGCCGUUAUUUUAAUAGACAAAAAUUUAGCAAAUUUGGUAAUGCAAAUAAUAAAUGACAAAUUAACUAUUUUUGUGGAUGAGACGUUUACAACGGUCCCUCUAAUACAAAAUAAUAAUUGUCAAUUGUGGACGAUUAUAAUUAGAUGUGAUAAUAGGACAUUUUCAACUGUGUGCACUAUAAUAGAAGGACGCACUUUUGACGAUUAUUUCAACGUCUUACAAAAAGUCACCCAUGUGAUUAAAUUGGUUGCGUCAGAAAUAAUAUCAGACUUCGAAAAUGCCGAGCGAAAGGCACUACAGAUGGUUUUUUCUAGCGCUAAAGUUAUUGGCUGUUUCUUUCAUUAUAACCAGGCGUUAGUACAUAAUGCUGAAAAGCAUAUUAUAUUCAAAGGUGACUAAAAAGAAUCCGGUUAGGGUGCAACCAAACUAUUAAUAUUUUUAGUUUUUUUGCCGGAAGAUCUAAUAGAAGAAGGCUCUGAAAUUCGUUUUGUUUUCUAA